AUGACUCAAAAAGGCUAUAGGUGUUAUCAUCUAGAACUGAAGAUAUUUUUUUUUUCAGCUGAUGCUACAUUUAAUGAACGAGAAAACUAUUUCUUAUCUACAAGAGAGGAGCAGAUGAAAGUCAAAGAAUCAUCUGGUCAAGACAACAUCGUAGUUCAGACUGAGUCAUCAUCGGAAAUAACUUCAUCUCCACCUGAAGAUCGGAAUACUCAUACAAAGGAGAUAACAUAAGUGUAUACUCGGAGAGCAACAUAUCCAAAAGAAAAGAACAGUAUAUUAGAAGGCAUGCAUGUCCCUAUUGUAAGUAAUUCUCAUCCUGAGAAUUUACUAGAUUAUAAUGAAUCUUCAGAAGAUGAUGAUAAGAAUAUUUCGAGACAAGAAAUAGUGAAUGAAGAAGAUCAAUUGGAUCUGCCUAUUGUCUUAAGAAAAGGUACUAGAACCUGCACAAAGAAAUUAUUAUAUCCUAUAUCAAAUUUCGUGGCAUAUUAACGUCUUUCUCCUAAAUACAAAGUAUUUGUCACAAGCUUACAUUCCAUAGUCAUAUCUAGAACUGUGGAAGAAGCUUGCAAGGAUAUAAAUUGAAAGAAAGCUAUGAACACAGAAAUGGAGGCACUAGAGAAAAAUAACACAUGGGAGAUAGUUUAUCACCCUUAACACAAAAAACUUGUUAGCUGUAAAUGGGUGUACAUUGUGAAGUAUAGCUCAGAUGAAUCCCUAAAAAGAUACAAAACAUGUCUGGUUGCCAAAGGAUAUACUCAAACCUAUGAAAUUGAUUAUUUGGAGACCUUUGCACAAAUUGCAAAAUUGAACACCAUGUGCAUAUUAAUUGCACUAACAACAAGCUUUGGUUAGUCACUUGAUCAAUAUGAUGUGAAGAACACUUUCUUUCAUAAUGAUCUAAAUGAAGAGAUAUAUAUGGAUCUUCCUCUGGGGUAUUAUCUAUCUUCUCAUGGGCAAAAGGUAUGUAAGUUGAGAAAAUCAUUAUAUAGACUAAAAUAGUCCCCUCAGGCAUGGUUUGAGAAAUUUUCUAAUGCCAUGAAAAGUAUGGGUUAUAAACAAAGUAGUGGUGAUCAUACUUUCUUUAUUAAGCACUGACAUUCAUAUGGAAUGACAAUUCUUCUAAUGUACGUGGAUGACUUUAUUAUUACAAGAAAUGAUAAAGCAGAAGCCUAUAAUUUGAGUCAACAACUUUCAAAAAUAUUUGAGAUCAAGUCUUUCGGACGGCUGCAAUAUUUUCUAGGCAUAGAAGUUGCCUAUUCCUAACAAGGAAUUUUCAUUUCUCAACACAAAUAUAUUCUUGAUCUUCUUCAAGAAGCAGAAAAAAUAAUGUGCAAGCCAUUGGGUACUCUUAUGGAUCUAAAUUUGAAACUCGGAACUUAUGAUGAGGACAGUCCAGACAUUGCUUUUGUAGUGAGAGUCCUCAGUCAGCAGAUGCAUGAACCCAAGGAAUGACAUCUUCAAGCUACCCAUAGGGUGCUGGGCUAUUUAAAAGGUACAGUAGGCCAAGGAUUACUAUUUAAGAGAAAUGGUGGUACAUCAGUAGAAAUCUACAGGGAUGCAGAUUAUACAGGAUCAGUGGUGAAUCGAAGGCCAACCUCAGGAUACUGCUCCUUCAUUGGAGAAAAUCUAGUUACCUGGAGAAGUAAGAAGCAAAAUGUAGUUGCAAGGUCUAGUGCAGAGGUUGAGUUCAGAUCGAUGGCACAAGGAAUUUGUGAGGCACCAUGGAUCAAAGGUAUUUUGGACGACCUUAAAGUCCAGAACUAUAGACCAAAUAAUGUUAAAUUGCGAUAA